GUGGUGGCGCACGUACAUCGCAGUCCUCUCUCUCUCUUGGUGGUGCAAACGCGCGGUUUGUGGUUGCAAGUGCACGGAUUUGGUUGAUUUUACUAAGAAAACGCAUUACAACAUUACGACUCUGACUGUCUCGCCCAACGGCGGUGAAUCGUCAGGUAUGGCGGGUUCCCACGGUGGCCUGUCGGAAGAAGCGAAGAGGCUCAUAACAGAGAUCCGAUCCCUUGUCGCCUCCCGCAAGGAACCGUCGACUGCGCAGACCAUAAUGCGCGACUACAAGGCGAUUGAGGGGGAAGCGUUACCGUACCGUAAGUACGGAUUCAGCACCGUGGAGGACCUGCUGCAGGCCAGUGGUGAAUUCAUCAUCAAACGUGGAGACCUGGGAGAGCCGCGUAUAUACGUGAAGGUGAGCCGUGGCGGGGCUCACAUUAUGCAGAUGGUCCAGGCACAGAAAAGUGCGAAGGUGUCACCACGUUUCGCCGCCAUGCGCACACCGACGUCAAUGAGCCGGACCAACAGCUUCGCCGGUAGCCGUGGAUCAACUGGCAGCAGUGGUGGCGGUACGGCAUACAGCCGUAUCUACCAGCAAAUGCCUCAAAACGGGCGCUCUAUCUUUCAAAGUUCGUCCUCCGGCUCGCCAAAGAAGGCCAGCUUCGGAAAGUCGGGCUCGCCCAAAGGAUCCAAAGCUGCUACUGGUCCAUCGUGGAACGGUACCGGUAGUACCACCAGUAGUAGAGGUCCUUCAAAGAGUGACCUUUUUUACCAAGCCAUCACCGAUGGAUCGCAAAAUAGGAAAAAUGGCCAGGAAACCAACAACAACAGCUUGGCUACGAAGAACAACAAUCUUACCAGCACCACUGCAGGUGGCCAGCAGCAGCAGCAGCAGCAGCAGCAACUGAAAGGGAAUGAUUUGCGCCAUAAGCUAGAUGGUCGCAAUACGGGGCUGAGUCGCUCUUCGGUGGAUAUGCGCCAAGGAAAAGGAACACUUCUUCCAUCGAAUAUGACCAUCACCGUAUCCAACGGAACGUCCGGGAGCUAUGUGCGCAGGUUGGACUUUUCUGAUGGCAAGAGUGGCCAGGAAAGGAAGGUGACUGCCGCCGUUUCUAGCAACAAGAUUGCCGGUUCCGGUCGCGUGAUUCCUCCGUCGGUGCCACCGUUACCGCUCAUGUCUCUUAAGCUGCCGCAACCAUCCGAGCUAACGGCCGCACCAAAAGCGUCUACCAGCAGCAGCAGCAGCUUAAGCGCACGGCUCCAGCUGGCCAAGGGUAGUGCACCACCACCAGUAUCGACAGAAUCAGUAUUCCGCAAUGCGGCAGCUACGGUGGCAACCACUAGUUCCUACCAGCGAACGCAAUCGCUUGAGGAAAGAUCAUCGCUCGCCACUACCAGUGACACGCCAUUCUCAUCGACAACACUGCUGGGCCGCAAAUCCGUACAGGAUCGGCUAACGAAAAAUCAACGGGUGGCUGAGCAGGAUAUGGAAAAGGUGGCCAAGGUGGUGGCACCAUUGUCGCCUCCGGUCGCUAAUGGUGGCACUACCACCACGGUGAUAAACGGAAAAGCUGCGAGCACUACCGCAUCGUACUCUGGCAAAAGUACCACUGCGGCUCCCUACACCAACGGUGGCGGUGCACCCGACACAGAGUUCACGUGGAACGACGUGAAUGCGACACCCGUGGAGUUACUGAUGCGAUACAGUAACCUGAAGGGCUAUCCGCGGCCAGAGUAUCGUUACUUCAGGCUUAAGAACGGUCGCAUCCAGUGCCAGCUAACGGUGAAUGGAUCGACAUACUCCACGUACCCGAACGACUAUGGCAACGAGUUCGAGUGUCAGUUCGCGGCGGCCCUCAAUGCCAUCGAGGCCAUCCGGAGCGAUGAGUCGCGCCAAACGUACUCGGUGUGCCUGGACUCGGACGAGGAGAUUGCGAACCAUAUUUACGAGUUGCUGGUAAACUGCCCGCACGGUAUGUUCAGCAAACGUAUACCGGAUGCGUUCGAGCAGGCGCACCGAUCGACGCUACCGGAUCACUGGUUUUCGCUGCUCGAUCGCUACUCGAACCAGUUGUUUGUGCUGGAAGACUGUCUCGGUGAUACGAUUGUGUUUGCCCGUGAGCAACCGUCCAGCUCGGAUGCUGCGUCGAACACAUCGGAGGCACGGCAGAUGGCACUGAACCAGCUCGUGCUACCGUGGGACGAACAAUAUUGGAAUCUGUAUAUCACCAACCCGGUAUCGACGGUUGAGGUUUGGGCACGUCUGGUCGGCAAAGAAUAUAGCGACAAGAUGGAUACCCUCAUUACGGACAUUGAGAUGUCGAUGCUCAGCAAUCCACUCACUGCCGACGAAUCAGUGGGUGCCGUUGGCGAGUAUUACCUGGUUUGCAUUACCGAUUGCUGGUACCGGGUUCGUGUGGAUGAGAUCAACUACGAGAGUAACCAGUGCCAGUGCUUCUUCAUCGACAUUGGCGAGCGGGAUCAGUUUGCGCUCGAUCAGCUGUACCGGUGCGAUCCAAAGUACCUGCAGCUGCCGGGGCAGGCCAUUUGCUUUACGCUCGAGGGGCUUGAGGAUUUCAACGAAAAUCCCAAGGCGAAGCACCAUCUCGACAAUCUCAUCAGUGGUCGCGUGUUCAUCGGAGAGAUCCUGACGAAACGGGAGGUGUACGAGGAAGCGGAGCAGCUUGGUGGAGUAGGCACCGGUCAGCUGAAGCUAGCGCUCUACGAUACGUCCAAGGAGGAGGAAGAUGUGCUGAUGAAUCCGAUCAUACUGAAGCACAUCUGCGACGAUACACCGCUGCCGGAGUUGAACCGGAAGACGGUCAACUACGUCAACAUCUCGCACGUAGACGAUCAGGGCGAUGUGUACUGCACGAGGGACGGUGCGAUGAGUUAUAUUCAGAAACUCAUCACUAAUCUGACGAAAUCGGACGUGCUCGAGGGCAAGUACCGUGGGCUGUACGAGUCGAAGGUUUCUGCCACACAGCAGCAACUGUACCUAGUGCAGGACGACAGCGAUGGCAAGUGGUACCGAGCGGAACUGGAUGGCGAGGAAUCCGGUCCGUACUGUCGCAUGCUGUACGUGGACGUGGGAUGCCGUCGGCGGACGAAUGUAUCGAACAUCUAUCGGUUGGAACUGCUCAGCCUAGCGCUUAGCCGUUAUCCACCGCAAGCCCUUCGGAUGCGUAUGUUCAAUCUGCCGGAGGAGCGUUCGGUGGUGUCCCGUCUGCGUGCUCUGCUGAAGCCGGCCAUGCGAGCGAUGGCAAAGGUCUGCGCCAUGGCACCGGGCAGUGUGCCGCUGGUGAAGAUUUUCGUGUACGUCCCCGACGGUAGUGGCGACACCGGGAACAACAUUCUCGUGUGCGUUAACGAUUCGAUUCGGGACGAGAAGGAGUUUGAGCUCGAUUCCGAGCUCAUCAGUUCACCACGGACGCCCGGUGCGAACGAGAACGCCGCGGCGAGCAUUACCUCGAGUUCUUCCGGUGAACGGGACUCCUUACCCAAUUCCAGCAACAGUGAAACCGGUGGCACCGGUACGGGCUACACACCGUUGGCCAACAAAGAAGCGAAAGAGCUAGCCAAACGCUUCGAUGGUCUCAAUCUCAAGCCGACGAUGGCAACCCAAGCGGUGCUAGUGGAGAGCAAGCUGGCCAAGAUGACGCUCCCGCCCGUGGGCCAGCUGUUUGAUGUGAAGGUGACCAUCGCUUCGAAUCCGAAGUUUUUCAUCGUCCAACCGUACGGCUACAAUCUGCAGCUCAACCGACUGAUGCACGAACUGCAGGACUUUUGUAUGAAAAAGGCCCAGCCAGUUCGCAAGGAUCAGGUGCGCCAAGGGGAGGCGUACGCUGCCUUCUAUAAGGACGGUCAUUGGUAUCGUGCGAUCGUGUUGAACAUCAUCCAUGGACCGAAACCGAUCCACGUGUUCUUCUGUGAUUUUGGCCAGUUCGAGGAGCUCGAUGUGAGUGCGCUGCGCAUUCUGUCGCCCAGCUUCCGCGUAUUGCCGCAGCAGGCGAUUAAGGCUCGACUACAUGGUGUCAAACCGCUGAACAAGGGCUGGAAAGCGGACGAUGCCGUCCGUUUUCAGAAGCUGGUUGUCGGGCGUAAGUUUGCCAGCAUCGUGCGAGGCAUCGAGACGGACGAAAUCAAUCCGAACGAGAAGCUCGUCGACCUGGAGUUGAUUGACGUUUCAACGGAGGAAGAUAUACACGUACACCGGGUGUUGGUGGACGAGGGACGUGCCGUCUACACGGCCGCCCAAACGGUUUAACGAUUGAACGAACACAGAGCUCGAUAUUUAUUAACCCAUUCCAUUACUAUCUAUUACUGAUGAACGAUAAAGAUAAGGCCGCUAUUUGUCUACCCAAUACUCUGAUACUAAUAAGCGCGCAGUGAGUGCGGUAGAUGGUAUUGUCUGGGGUUUCCUUUUUUUUUUGCUCUUAAAUAUUUAAUCUCGGCAUUAUCAUCUCCAUUGCGUGUCCUAGACACGUGAUUCUCAUUACAGGGGCCUUGGGUUCCGUUUUUCUUCAUGCGUCCACGAUGUAAGGAAAGUGCGCGCGCAGCCUACUGUCUAGUGUGUAACGAUUUGUUUUGCUUGGCCUUGACGAAUGCCAAUUUUUAUGAAAUAGAUAUAAUCUCAUAUUUUAUCGUCCAAGCACCCCUAUGGCGAGAGAAGAAGAGAGGGAAGGGGUCUGUUAGCGGUAGUAGUUAAGGGGCCAAAGAAUUAGAAUGAACCCGCAUGGCCUGCUUCUGUUCUUAUACUUUCUGCUGUUGCAUGUUUGUUACGGCGGAACGGCAUAGGCGAUGAUUUCCUGCGUGAGGUUGUGGCUCCUAGUGCUUAGAGCUUACCCUGCCAGAGAGCUAGCCACAGCAUGCGAAAUGAUAUGUGAUAAUACUGAACUGGAAAACCUGAAUUAAUGUUGCCUUUCUUCCAUUUAUAAUUAAUAUUGAUAAGCGACGAUGAACAGCACAGGCAAUGAGAGGAUGCGAGAGAGAGAAAGAGCCAAAAGGAAAUACGAUAUUCCCGGUUAGUACGAUUUGAUGCGAGCGCAAAUGCGAAAUAUAGUUGAGGCCUAUUGAAAGGCAGAAACGUAAUUUAUUAUCACCCCGCUACACUGCACUAUCCCUGCCCUUAGUUUUAUCCCGUAGAAACAGGGAGGAGGCUGAGGAGGAUAGGAACGUGUAACAAGUGCCUCCUUCGGAAUGCCUAUUGCAGCGUAUUGCGGUAAUGUAAUGGAUACGUAAGGAAAUGUAAUAUGGAGUAUUGCGGUUAAAUUUUUCUUUAAACUCAUUUAGAGGAAUCUAGGGCCACAUAUAUACCCCCCCAAUAUAGGGAACAUUAAUACUAUCCGAUGCACAGACGCAUGCACGCAUGGCAUGAUCAUCCUAUUCGAUAGUAGUCGCGCAGCCACUGCUCGUCCUAUAAUCGCUCAUUACUCCUUGACUUAGUGCCUUAAGAAAUGGGAACCGUAUGUGAUGGAUAUUCAAACUAUUCAAGUAGUAUGAACUAUUUAAUCCCUAUUUUUUUUCUACUGAUUGGAGUUAUGUUUUAAACGAAGAAGAAGAAAAACUAUACACCCCGCGUCACCAACUGCACAAUAGCACAAUACCAGCGAAACAAUUUCAAGCCACUACAACGAACGAAGUCAUAUGAAUUAUAAAUCCCCGUCGUAUACGAAAGAGCCAUUACUUAUUACUCCGAGCGAUACCGAUUUUUGGGUACGGAAGCGAAUUAAUUUUCGGGAAACCACCAGAACACACGAACUAAAAGCGAAAUAGAAUGCCAUGGAGGAGGUGGGUUAA